AUGUCGCCCUCGCUUGGACCGUCGGCUGAACAGUUGGCCUUCGCAGGCGGAAUUAGCGAAUGUCGGCGAUCUCACUCGUGGGUUCACGCCCUGGAUCUGCUGCGGACGGCUCCACUGGAGAUGCGGGUUACUGCAGACACAAUCAGCUACACGCAGACGAUCCAGGUCUGCAGCUGGGUCAAUGCUUGGACUGUCGCAGUGACUCUGCUACCGCACAUGGGCCUUGCCAGAGUCGUCCCGGAUCAGAUGACGUACUCUAGCCUGAUCAAGGCAUGUGGAGAUGCCAGCAACUGGAAAGCAGGAAUCCAGAUGCUGUCUGAGCUGGUGGCUUCCAUCGUCACGCCGGAUGAGGUCACCCUGACCGCGGUCUUGGCUGCAUGCAGCAACUGUGGCUUGUGGCGAGAGGCGGUUCAUCUCCUCUCCUCAAUGUCGAACUUCACGGCCGCACCAAACGUGAUAGCCUUCAAUGCGACCAUCACCGCGGCGGGUCGCGGCCGAUCGGUACAAGCUGCGCUAAGGCUGCUGGAGAGCAUGAAGGAGGUUCUGAGUGCUUGCCAUGCUGGCAGCCUGUGGCUGCGGGCAUUACAGAUUUUGCUUAGCAUGGGCAGGCAACGGAUGUGCCCAGAUGUCUUCAGCUACAGCAGCACCAUAAGUGCUUGCGAAAGCUGUGGCCAAUGGCCCGUCGGAUUCGAACUGCUGACGGCAAUGCAGCGGGCCACAGUCCGUCGGAACACAGUCAGCUGCACCAGCACCCUCAGUGUUUGUGCCGGCGACAGUUUGUGGGUCCAGUGCCUGCAGCUACUGGACUUGAUGCAGAUGGAGGGAGUUGUGCUCAACACUAUCAGCCGCUUGGUUCAAGAGCACGAACAGCUGAUUGCGGGUGGUCGCAACUUUGCAGUGACAUUGAAGCCCGAGGAGGCCGAUCUCUUUUACAUCCCAGCCUUCUUCUCCGUCCUUUUCUGGAUGAGCACCCUGGAGGCUCUGAAAUGUAUAGCCGAGACCUUUGCGAUGCUGCGACUCCAGCCCUUCUUCAGACGCCACAGCGGGCACGACCACGUGGUUCUCCAUGGUGUGGAGUUCGAUUUCUAUCGCAACUCCGAGCCAGCUUUCCAGCUCCAAAGCUACGACCCGGUGGCUGCAAAUUGGUUGAUUUGGACCGUCGCUUGUCCAUCUCCCUGCGGAAUAGAACCAGAUAGCUGGAGCCUUCGGGGGCGUUUCGUGCUCAUCCCCUUCGCCUCGCGGCUGCGGCACGUGGUGCCGCAACAGCUCCUCGCCCCUCGCCGCUUCAACGUAGGCUACGUCGGUGCCAUCAGCGGCCAAGGCGCCACCUUCUCCGAGAGGGAGGCCUUCUUUCGGCAGACUUGUGGCAGCGCGCGGUGGCUCCAGACAGAGGACGGCAUGUGGCAUCCGUCGAGGCCGUGGACCCGGCGACACUUCGUACUUGAGGGCAACACAACGGUGGUGGAUGCCUUUCUCCUCUCCCAGGAGCGCUUUGAAGAGCUCUGUGAAGAUGGAACGGAGAAUGCGCCUUUCCAGCAAGAUCUGAACUUCUGGUGGGUGGAAGCUGCAUGGCGUUGGCGGCUGAUCCCGGAGGCCGAGUCGCUGGAGUUCCUGAAGAUCUUCCAGCAGGCCUUCUCUAUUCCUUUCUACGGGUUCUCGGAUGGGACGCUGGGAGCGAAGCUUGAGGCCCUCUACUUCGAAGGUGCUCCUGGAGAUCUCGAGGUCAACCGGCGACUCCAGCCCACGUUCAACUCUAUGCUCUUCCAGUCCAUCUACGCCCAAUCCGAGGUCUGCAUCGUUCUGCCGGGUGACACUGCUGAUGGCACGAAGCGCCUGUGGGAUGCCAUGAGCUGGGGAUGCUUGCCAGCCUUUGCCAGUGCUCGCUCUCCGGGGCUUUGGCCGUUGCUGCCCUUUGCAGAUCAGAUUUCCUGGGUGGACUUCAGCCUUUUCUUCCAUGGCGUCAACACGUCGGCCGCUGCUUUGCGCGUCCUGCACACACUCCGACGGUUGCCCAAAGGCUUCCUGCAUCGGAAGCGCCUAGCCUUGAACGCCGCCUUGCCUAGCCUUGUUAUCACGAGAAGGCAGACGGCCAAUGCUUCGCAGCCGACUGCCGUCGAGCUGUCAGUGGAGGAGGACGAGGAGCUUGGCUCCACAGCUGUGGAGUUGCCGUCGCUUCCCUGGCUCAUGGCCGAGGAAAGAGGAAAGGAGUGGGCCAGGGCCGAGCGGGCUAAGGUCAAGUUGUGUGUUCUGCGCAAUGCUUUCCAAAAGAGCGCUGUGGAUGACAAUGCCCUAUGCCCGAUGAUGUUGAAACACGAAUUUGACCACGGUCGGGAUCCGCAGAAGUCGCCGAAGACGGCGGUGGAGUCGGCGCUGCGCGCGCUGCAGUCUGGAGAUGUGGCUGCCGUGGAGGAGCUCCUGCGAAGAGACGGCGAGGAGCCAGUGGAGGAGGAGUGGCAGCGUCGAUACUGUGAUUCUGCACGCAUCUACUGGGACCAGUUUUACCGCGAGCGCACUGUGAACUUCUUCAAAGACCGGCAUUAUUUACGCGAGGAGUUCGCGGAGAUCAUGCCGGCUGAGGUCCUCGCAGAUCCCAAGCGAUGGGUGGACCAACUCGAGAUCUCGCAGGAGGAGCCCCCUGAGACAAUGGCAGCUCUGGAGCGUGCGCUGCGAGGGAGGCAAGUCCUGCUGGAGCUGGGCUGCGCCGUAGGUAAUGGCCUCAUUCCGAUGCUCCGCGCCAACCCGGACCUCUUCGGCAUCGGCUGCGAUCUUUCUGCCGAAGCAGUAGCGCUGCUGCAGGGGAAGGAGGAAUACCGCUGUGGGCGAUGCCUUGCUUUUCCGAGCGACAUUACCAAAGGCUCUGGGUACCAGCCAACUACGUGCCACAGGAGCCUAGAGGAAGCUCUUCCAGCAGACUCCGUCGACUUCGCCACGCUCCUUUUCGUGCUCAGUCAUCCAUGCAUUGAGUUAGCCUGCAAUGUGGACGUCAAUGCAUCCGCCGCAGCUCUGCGCGAGAGUGGAGGCGAUGUUGAUGUGGCAGCCGCUGUGCUGCUCAGUGCAGCUGAAGCUCAAACAGCUCAAGCCACCGUUGCUACCUCGCCGGCUUCAACACCACUGGGAGUGCUUCUGGAAAUGGGGUACGAAGCUGGCACUGCGGCCACGGCACUGCGACGGUCGGAUGGCAACCUAGAGGGAGCCUUGCAGCUGCUGCUGGAGGCGCCGUCGCCACGCCGCGCACAGCAGCCAGCGCCACAACAGAACAACGAAUAUGGCACCUGCGCAAUCUGUACAGAGCCGAUCCAGCCACGAGAGGCGGCGAUGCGCUGUCGUGGAGAUCACGGCGGAUUUCACUACGGCCACGCACGCUGCUUGGGCCAGUGGGUCAGUCACUGCCGCGAGAGGGAUCAGACCCCGAGCUGCCCGAUGUGCCGCUGCCCACUCCAACUCCGGCGACGACAGAUUGAGGAGUUCCUCCAAGACAACAAUCCCCGUCAUGCCGAGUGCCGAAACCGCGACCAGCAGGUUCUUCGUGAAAUGGCGCAGCGAGUGCGUGAUGAUGGCACCGACGACUUCCAAGAUGUGGACUGGUGCAAGGUGCUGCGUGUGGCAGCGCUGACGAUCAUGGGUGGCCUGGCGGUGGGCGCGAUUGCCAGCUUGAUCGCCAAGGAGAACCGAAAAAGGCGAGAUGACGACUGA